CAGAACCCUAAAAGUUCACGGUACUAAAUCUGGAGGGCCUGUGAGGGACAGGGGGCGGGACCUAGCUGUCCCGUUUAAAGUGUGUCUGAACCUUCACUUGACGUCUAGUCUCUCUGUUGGGGUGCACGCGGAUUGACCACACCUUUGGGCUUUUCUUUUUUCCUUGGAUAUUUGGGGGGGAAAAGCUAAUCCACAAACAUGGUAAGAGCAAGUAUUUGUGUAAAUAAUGACAAGCUGAACUGUUCCAAAUUGGUCGGUCCAGCAGCCAAUAGUUGAUUAGCCAAUUAAAAAGAGAGCCUGUGAAUGGAUGAUUAUUGAUAAAGUAAUAGAGGCAUGAGCAUGUCAUAAUUAUAGUCAGCUGUAUGGUUAAAGAGUGUUUCCCUUCUCAUUUACAUAUUUUUAUAUCUUAACUUCCCUCAAUUAUGUGUUAAAGCAGAGCUUUUUCAUUUUGAGUUUUGUAAUGAGCUAUUGCAUUUUAAGCAAGUGUGACCGCUUUUCCACUUCAUGUCAAACGCAGUUCUUUAUAAAUGCGUAAGUACUGGUGCUGGUACAAACUUGCGUUGCUAAGUCGAUGGGUGUCAGCUGCUAAAGUGCGGAUUCUGCUUAGGCGUCAAAUUCCCAGGGAUUGGAUGUCCGCAGGCCAUAUACAGUGAGCCUAAUGUGUUGAGCCUGAAAUAGCCGGACUAAUUUUCACCGAGCUAAAGAAUCCCAAGGAGACGCAACUACUUCGUGCUGCAUCACAUGACUUAUGAAAACAUGCUUAUUACAAAACCAGUGACACAGUUACAUAAAUAUAACCAUUUAUACAGCAAAUACCCAUAAUUCAUGUAUUAUACCUCUAAUAUCAUUUUUAUAAAUGGGUAACUUGAAUUUUUAAUUCCCUAUGAUGUCAUCCUCUGAAAUGCUCCUUUUAACAGAGCAGGCCACUAGCAAUACCAUCAUGGAACAAUCGACUUAGAGUUCAUGCUUAGUCCAAUAUAUUUGAACUGAUUUGAUAAUAAACCACAAAAAGGAAUGAGGUGACAGGGUGUCUUCCGUUUUCUUCCAGACUGACGCGCAACAAGAGGCCCGCUCCUACCUGAGCGAGGAAAUGCUGGCUGGUGAGUACAGGCUGAAGGGACGCAUUAUUUUCAGUGAUGGCGUUACUUUGCCCCAAAACCACAGAUGAAAAAUGCUCCAGGCAGCAAAGUUGUUGGUAUACAAAUUCGAUUACUCUACAAGAAAUACUCUCUUUACUUUAAAACGUCUGUCAGAAUAAGUUAUCAAAAACACAGACUUGAUACUUUGGUUGGUGUCAGUAUAAGUACUGCUUGUUCUUUCAAGGGCAAUGGGGCGCAUCACAGUGGUUCAAAGGUCACAGACCAGCUAUUCAGCUAGAGACACACUCCUAUAACCGGGCAAUUCAAAGCAACACUUUGACAUUAAUUCUUUAUUUUUCUCCAGAGUUCAAGGCUGCCUUCGACAUGUUUGAUACCGACGGUGGCGGUGAUAUCAGCACCAAGGAGUUGGGUACCGUGAUGAGGAUGCUGGGUCAGAACCCGACAAGAGAGGAGUUGGAUGAAAUCAUCGAGGAGGUCGAUGAGGACGGUGGGCAACUUUUAUACGCUCAAACAAUGAAACAAAUCAACACACAAAUACUGAUAAUCUACACAGACAUAAUAUUCGAGUAGAUUGAACCACUAUCAAUAGAAUUUCCGUGAAUAUCAGAGUAUAGAAUUGAACCCCUAGUGGUUUGGCUUUAGGCACAUACUCAAAGACAGAGCGUCUGUCAUUACAGCCACGCCGUCGUGUAUUUCCUAUCAGACUUGUUUUAUUCCCUUUUUUAUAUAUUUUUUUCAAAAUAAAGGCUGUAUCUAACAAUUCAUGUUAAUGUGGACUUAUUUUGUUUGCGUAUGUCCUCUCAGUUCAUGCGUAAAAGCAUGCGUAAAAAUGGAAACUCGUGUCCAAACGUAAACGAAUGGUGGGGGGAACUAUUGUUAAUCAAUUAUGUUUGUGUUUUAUUUUAUAACCUCAGGUAGCGGUACCAUUGACUUCGAGGAGUUCUUGGUCAUGAUGGUGAGGCUGCUAAAGGAGGACCAGGCCGGCAAGAGCGAGGAAGAGUUGGCAGAGUGCUUCCGUGUGUUCGACAAGUACGUCCACCGUGUCACUGUGCAGAACAUUGUUCUUUCCUCGUGCAACACUUAUUUUAUUGUCUUUGCAUACAAUGACAUAUGUACCGUUCUGUAACAUAUUUCCGCCAUGCGUAGGAACGGUGACGGCUACAUCGACAGAGAGGAGUUCGCACUCAUCAUCCGCAGCACCGGCGAGCCAAUCACAGAGGACGAGAUUGAUGAGCUGAUGAAGGAUGGUGACAAGAACGCCGAUGGCAUGCUCGACUUUGACGGUAUGAUGUUGUUGAUGAUGAUUUGAUUGAUCAUUUUCGGUUACAGGAGAAUUUACCACUUAAAUAUGAAGGCAUAUUCAGGAAUCAUAAUUUUGAAAUCAUACACAUUACUCGUGUGCUUUUCGAAAUGAUUUGGGUGUUUUGAACCAGUUAGUUAAGUUUUUUGACUUGAGUAUAUUUUUUAAUCAAGGCUCAGUGGGAAAUACCUGUUGUAAGAGUCAGCUCGUUUGAUUUAGUUAAUUCUGCUGCUAAUGAUGAUCAUUCCUGUUGCUGAAACUUUCCAUCUUCUCUUUUCCAGAAUUCCUCAAGAUGAUGGAGAAUGUGCAGUAAAACCAGAAAGACUCAUGGACAUUCCUCCUUCCCCGUUACCCCUCACUGACACACUCAAACCAACCCCUCACACCCCGUCUUCCCUCCUGUCCACCUGAUUCACCACCUCUCUUCUCCAUCCUUGUAAACAUCCUCAACAGAGAGCUAGGACACACAAUGGUGGGUCGCCAGCUGGGGUACACUCCCCCCAGCUUGCGUUGUGAAAGCAGAAAGCCCUUGGAUGCAGUGAGGAAAUUGCUUUACCAUCUGUGACCCACCCUCCUGCUGGUUAAGCUCUGAUCUAGAUGUAGUCUAGAUAGAACUGCAGCCUGUGACCUGCUGCUUAGACCAAUCAAUUCAACCACUUCACUGUACAAAGAAGUAAUUUGCUUGAACAGAAUAAAUGAACUAACACAUGCUCACUUGUAGUUGGUCUGUUAUAUUUAUGGUCUAUGUAAAAAUUUUGUUUUGAGGAAUUCAAUAAAAUCUGUUUGUUUCUUCUUUUU